UGGAAGCGUGACGACGCUCAAGGCGCCCCCACCCUCACCCCUUUAGACAGUGUUUAGUUAGGUACCAGAUUUCGAAUUUGCUGUUUUGUUGAGCUUCAGAGAAUUGGCCAUGACUGCUCUCGCGUCCUCCUCCAUGGCGGUGUCGUCGACAGCGCUCUUGCAGAAACCUGGCUCAGCGGCAGGCCAUGUGCUGCAGAAUUCGUUUCUGAGUGGGAGUGUGUCGUUGCCGAGGGCCGCAGCGAGCUGUGGCAGAGUGGCAUUUGCUAGGAAGGGGCUUGUAAUCGUAGCAAAUGGGAGGAAGAAAGCAGUCGUGGAGAAGGACGAGAGCGAGGUUGACCAGCGAUUCAGGCUGAAUAAUUUGUCGCCGCAGCCGGGGUCCAGGCACAGACAGAAGAGGAAGGGGCGUGGUAUUGCGGCAGGGCAGGGAGCUAGCUGCGGGUUUGGUAUGCGAGGGCAGAAGUCGAGGUCGGGGUCGGGCGUGCGCCCGGGAUUCGAAGGAGGUCAAAUGCCAUUGUACCGGAGGUUGCCGAAGCUGAGGGGGAUUGCGGGAGGCAUGGGAGCUGGUUUGCCUAAGUACGUGGCGGUCAAUUUGACCGACAUCGCUGAGAGCUUUCAAGAAGGUGAGGAGGUUUCGCUCGAAGCAUUGAAGGAGAGGCGCGUGCUGAAUCCCUCGGGUCGGGACCGGAAGUUGCCGUUGAAGAUUCUUGGUGAUGGUGAGCUUGAUUUUAAGGUGAAGAUCAAGGCUGGUGCCAUUUCUGCUGCCGCUAAGGAGAAAUUGGAGACCCUCGGAUGUGAAUUUGAAAUUCUUCCUAAGAAGAAAAAGUGGCUCUCUGCUCAGUAUUUGAAGAACCAAGCACGUGCGGACGCGUACUUUGUCAAGAAGAGAGAGGGGAGCGCAUAGAUUCAAGACAUGGUUGAGGUUUUUCGUAAUACUUUUUGUCUCUUACUUAUCAAUAGCUUUAUUCUUGUUAACUAAUGUAGGAAAGAGAAUUUUUACCCGUUUCAUUAAUGAGCAGUUUUCGUUACGUACAAUGUGGUCUAGGUCGUUUCCAUUUGAUUACAUUAUUUAGUUGCUUUGAAAUUUGGUGGACAAUUGUAUGCAAUUCUUCGUGAGCUUUUGGAUAGAAACAGCGUUGCCGUCUCUGCGACAGUGACAUAAUUGGAUUUUGAUUCUCCACCACAAUUCGGUUUUAUUUGUCGAAAAGUUCCCUGUUUAGAUGGAUAGUGUGCAAUCGUGACUGCAUACAUGACUAGGGUGCAGCAGGUUGAAAUCCUUCGUUAUGAGGUUGAAAUGGAUACCUGUUCUUAGGUUAUAGUAGCCACACAUACAUGUGUUACAUCCAAGUUGAGAAAAAAUGAUCUUCUGAAUUAU